AUGGCUUCCGAAAGUUCGAAAGAAUUGCCCGUGAGGCCCGCCGCCGAGGCCCAGGGCGCCAAUGCCUCUGCUGAGUCUGCGAAAGCCCCGCCAAAGGCUGCCAAAGCCCAAGCCGCCCCGAAUACCGACUCUCUCCCCGAUUUCAUGGUCGAACGAAACAAGCUCUUCGAAGAAUUGUGGCAGCAGUAUAAUGAAGAGUUGAAGAACAAGCCUCACCCGGAGAUCAACGUCACCCUUGAUCUGGGCAAUGGAAGCCCCUCCCCUGUCCCCGCCAAAGCCUGGGAGACCACCCCCGGAUCGUUCCUGAGGGAUGUUCCCAAGGACAUCAGCGCCAAUGUCGUCCUUGCGAAGAUUGAUGGGAAGGAGCUGUGGGAUCUGAACCGCCCCCUCGAACGCGACUGCAGUGUAUCCUUCGUGCCUUUUGACAGCCUCGAGGGUCGCGAAGUUUUCUGGCAUUCCAGUGCGCAUUGCUUGGGUGAGGCCUGCGAGUGCGAAUACGGAUGUCUUCUCUCACACGGACCUCCUACCCCUCAGGGUUUCUUCUACGAUAUGGCCAUGCCUGAAAAUCGUGUGGUCAAGGAGAGUGACUGGCCCGCCUUGGACAGCAGAGCGUCCCGGAUAUUCAAGGAGAAGCAGAGCUUCGACCGACUGGAGGUCACGAAGGAGAAUCUCAAGAAGAUGUUCGCUUACAGCAAAUAUAAGCUGCAUUACAUUGACAAACUUGUGACUGGAGAAAAGAGCACGGUAUACAGAUGUGGUAGUCUGGUCGAUCUCUGCAGAGGUCCUCACAUCCAGAACACCGGAAAGAUCAAGACCUUCAAGAUCAUGCAGAACUCCUCUGCAUACUUCCUUGGUGACCAGUCUAACGACUCUUUGCAACGUAUUCGUGGUGUUGCUUUCCCCGAUAAGAAGCAGAUGUCAGAGCACCUGAAGUUCCUGGAAGAGGCCGAGAAGCGCAAUCACUUGAGAAUCGGCAAGGACCAGGAGCUUUUUUUCUUUGACGAGGUUUCUCCUGGUUGUCCUUUCCUUCUUCCCAAUGGAACCAAGAUUUUCAAUGCUCUCCAGGCUCUCCUGCGCUCCGAAUACCGGAAGCGGGGCUACCAGGAAGUCCAGACGCCCAACAUGUACGAUGUCGGUGUCUGGAAGACCUCCGGCCACUGGGCGCAUUACAAGGAUGACAUGUUCAAGCUUGAUGUUGAGAAGAGAGAGUGGGCUCUCAAGCCCAUGAACUGCCCUGGUCAUUUCGUGCUUUUCGGCCACCGCGAGAGAAGUUAUCGUGAACUUCCCCUGAGAAUUGCGGACUUCGGUGUCUUGCACAGAAAUGAGGCAUCAGGUGCGCUGAGUGGACUCACCCGUGUUCGGAAGUUCCAGCAGGAUGAUACCCACAUCUUCUGUACCCAGGAUCAGAUCUCCUCUGAAAUCGAGGGUCUCUUCGAUUUCCUCCAGUCUAUCUAUGGACUGUUCGGUUUCACUUUCAAGCUGAAGCUUUCUACUCGCCCGGAGAAGUAUCUUGGUGAUCUCGAUACCUGGAACUACGCCGAAGAGCAACUCAAGUCGGCGAUGACCAAGUUCAAGGGUGCUGACUGGACCAUUGACGAGGGCGAUGGUGCCUUCUACGGCCCUAAGAUUGACAUCACCAUUGCUGAUGCUCUCAAGAGAGAGUUCCAGUGUGCUACGAUCCAGCUUGACUACCAGGCACCCAUCAACUUCAAGCUUGAGUACAUGACCAACGAGAAGGGCCAGGCUGUCAUGGAAGAAUCCAAGAAAGAAGGCGAGACGAAGUCCAACGAGCCCGGCCCCGGUCGCGCUCGCCCCGUUGUCAUCCACAGAGCUAUUAUUGGUAGCUUUGAGCGAUUCCUGGGUAUUUUGAUCGAGCACUUCGGCGGCAAGUGGCCAUUCUGGAUCAGCCCUCGUCAGAUUCUCAUCGUCCCCGUCAUGCCUGCUGUGAACGACUACGUCGAGGAACUGCAGCAGAUCCUGCGUGGGGAUAAGCUUAACGUGGAUAUUGACAUCAGUGGUAACACCAUGCAGAAGAAGAUCCGUACUGGACAGCUGGCACAGUACAACUUCAUCUUCGUUGUUGGUGCCCAAGAGAAGGAGUCUCGCUCGGUCAACAUCCGUAACCGUGACGACCCUGCUACCCAGAACAAGGGUGUCAUGGUUCCUCUCGAGGAGGCACGCGAGAAGCUCCGUAUCCUGAGAAAGGAGCGCAAACUGGUGAACUCUCUGUAG